AUGACGGUGCAGAUGCAAGUGCUCGACUCUAGUGAGCUGGCAGGCAAAGUCUGGUACAGCAUCAGAGUGGUCGAUGGGCAACAGGAGUGGUUGGUGAAGAAGAGCUACAGCCAGUUCGAAAUGUUAGACAACGAGCUGGCACAUCUGCCGCUGCGCCGUGCGCCACUUCCGGAGAAGAGACUCGUGGGAUUUCGGCAAAUGCUCAACCUCGGAGGCUUCAACGAGAAGCGCCUGGAGGGGCUCCGGAACUACCUCGCAGUGCUGGCGCCGCAGCUGCAGAACCUCGCUCAGGUGCCAGCGCUGCAGCACUGGGCCAUGCCACCGGCAUAUGGUGCGCCGAACCCCGUGUCGGUGCCGAUGCCCGCAGCGUCGCCGGUGGCAGCACCGGUGAUGGGGUCGCCUGUGGCAGCUCCAGUGGCCGCGGCAUGUGUGGCAGCACCGGUGGCCACAGCUGCGGCUCCGAUGGCAUCAGCAACAGGCCCCACAGCAGCACAGGCCUUGGCACCAUCAGCCCCACCAGCCAUGGCGACACCAGAAGCGAGUGUUGUGCAGGGAGAGCCAGUGCAAGGGUCUGUGGUUCCUGGUCAGGCCGUGCAAGUGUCAGCUGCACCCGCGCCGGCGCAGCCAGCACCCGUGCCGGCGCAGGCAGCACCCAUGCCAGCACAGGCAGCACCCAUGCCAGCACAGGCAGCACCCAUGCCAGCACAGGCAGCACCCAUGCCAGCACAGGCAGCACCCAUGCCAGCACAGGCAGCACCCAUGCCAGCGCCAAUGCAAGCCCAGGCCAUGCCAAUGCAAGCUCAGGCAACACCCAUGCAAGCCCAGCCUAUGCAAAUGCAAGCGCAGGCUGUGCCAAUGCAAGCCCAGGCAGUGCCCAUGCAAGCGCAGGCAACACCCAUGCAAGCACAGCCUAUGCCAAUGCAAGCACAGGCUGUCCCAAUGCAAGCCCAGGCAGUGCCAAUGCAAGCCCAGGCGAUGCCAAUGCAAGCCCAGGCAGUGCCGAUGCAAGCGCAGGCAACACCCAUGCAAGCCCAGGCGAUGCCAAUGCAAGCACAGGCUGUGCCAAUGCAAGCCCAGGCGAUGCCAAUGCAGGCACAGGGCUUGCCAAUGCAAGCCCAGGCGAUGCCAAUGCAGGCACAGGGCUUGCCAACGCAAGGCCAAGGUUUUCCCAUGCAGGGUCAGGGAAUGCCAGUACAGGGCACGCCUGUCCAAGGCAUGCCUGUAGGGCAAUCCGGCUUUGGUGCCCCACAGAUGACGAGUCAAUCCGGCUUUGGCGGUUCUGCGCUCACCGCCGGCCUGGCCGGCGCCGGUUUGGGUGCGGCGGUGGGUGCUUUGGGUGCGAUGGUGAGUGGCAUGGGCCAUCAUGGGGACCACCAUCAUGAGCAUCACAACCACCACCAUCAUGGCCAUCAUGACCAUCAUGGCUUCCGGGGAGGAUAUGGGUCAGAGAGGUGCUACAAGUGCGAAGGACGAGGCUGGUGCCAUGACUCCUCCAUGGACCAUGAUAAGCCGUGGGAUGAGAAGUGCUUCUUCUGCAAGGAGUGCAGCGGCUGCAAUGGUUCGGGGCACCUCAGCGGCGGGGGCUUUAGCAGCGGCUUUGGUUUCGGCGGCUUUGGUGGAGGAGAGGAACGCUGCUAUAAGUGCGAAGGCCGUGGCUUCUGCCAUGACUCCUCGAUGGAUCACGACAAGGCUUGGAACGAGAAGUGCUUCUUUUGCAAGGAGUGCAGCGGCUGCAAGGGCUCCGGGCACAUCAGCAGCGGGGGCUUCGGCUUCGGUGGAGGUGGAGGACGAUGCUACAAGUGCGAGGGCCGCGGCUUCUGCCAUGACUCUUCGAUGGACCACGACAAGGCCAGGGAGAGGCCCUUUUUUGCCGAGCUCGGCCUGUGUCGAGUCUUUUGCCGUGAUGUCAUCGGUGCCAAAGGCCAUGAAGUGCAAGAGGUGGUCGUGGGGAUGCUGGAGCAGGCCAUGUCGAAGAUUCUGGGAGGGCUUCAAGUGGCCUUGGACCAAGAGAACGAGAAGGUGGCAGGUGCAGAAGCGACCAAGGAGGACUUGGAACGCAAGCUUCAGGCGGCCGAGGAGGCCUUGAAAGGUGCCAAGAGCUUCACCGCGGAGAAGAGCGAGGCCUUGGAACAGGCUACACAGGCCGUGGUGAAAGCAAAGGCUGCCUUAACACAAAGGACGAAGGAGCAGCAGCAAGGAGAGACUGAGCUGGGGAAAGUGGUGGCUGAGAAGGAUCUGUUGGAAGUCUCCAAGAAAGAGAGCUUUGAGGCCUUGAAGCUGGGGAGCUUGAGUGGAGACAAAGAGGUGAAGGCAGCUUUCAAGAAGCUGGAGCCUUCGCUGAAGCUCCUAGUGAUGGACCAAAGCCUACGCAAUGCCAUCCCCGGUGUGCUCACCCGCCCGCCCAGCGAGCGCGGGGUGUUUGAUGGCACGGUUCUGGAUGAAUUGGAAAAGAACUUUGAGUCGAAGAUCUCGGAGCUGAGCACCGCCAUCCAGGCGGCACAACCCGGUGCCGCGCAGCGGCAGGAGGUGGUGGACGGAGCCCAGCAGGACCUCUCCCAAGCGGAUGAGGCUCAAGCACAGGCCACGAAAGACAUGUGCGCCGCCAAGGAGGCCCAAAAGGAGGCGACGCAGGGUGUGAGCCAGGCGAAGGAAGCGGUGGCAGCCUACAAGACGGAAUACAAGUCCGCCACGAAGACCCGGGACGAAAAACAGGCCGAGCUGCAAGCCUUUGUGGAUGGAAGUUUGGCGACCUUUCAGGAACUGAAGGUGCGUUGCAAGAAGCGAAAGGCAGUGGAAGAGACCGAGGCCACUGAGGAGAAGGCCACUGAAACAGCGUCCCAACGUGAAGUGGCAGCCUAA